CAUUCUCAGGAUGGUAGAGGUGUGUGUGUGUGCGGCGGAGGACAGUGACAACAUAGAGACCCAACGACAGCAGCAGCAGCAGGCAUGGAGGAGGGGGCCACUCCCGACCCAGAGUUUGUGGACGUGGACCAGGGCAUGACGCUGGCCUGUGUGGCCUUCCUCUGCCUUCUCCUGGUGGCCAUGAUCAUCCGCUGUGCCCGGGUCAUCAUGGACCCCUACAGCGCUAUACCCACCUCCACCUGGGAAGAGCAGCACCUGGACGACUAGCGGGGAUCAAGCUGUACUGUUACACAUAUAGCCACACCUGUGAGGGUGCAGACGCACAGGCACGUAGGGACAUGCACAUGAACGCAAGCGUGGGUAAACACGCACACGCACAAAAGAAAGGAGAGGACAAGAGAGGAGAGCUUGACCAGAGAGGAGAGUAGAAGAG